AUGAGUGCCGCAAUCGCCAUGGCACCUUCUCCAGCCCCCCACGAAAGAACCGCCUUCUCUUCUGCUGAUGUAGUUUCCGCUGAAGCAGCAGCCACCACGAAAUCCACUGGUUCAAGCCCCCCAUCCACACAAAGAACACUUGCUGCUUCCGGGUCGAAUAGCCGGGGCGUGACCCUCUCUGUUCAGAGGCAAGGAGACAGCAACAGCCCCCAAGUUGCUGGCGCUUCCUCGGGUACCAAGUCGUCCCCUGCUGGGCCCGCACGAAAUGAGACGGGGCGAGUCAAGGUCAUGGUAAAGAAAGAACCCGGAUCACCUACACUUUCAAACAUGAAGCCUCGACCUCGGAGGUUGGACCUUUCCAAAAACACACUUGCGUCCGCAAACAACCUAGCUUCCGCAGUUCCCAUGUCGGCUCGCGAGAGUUUGGGUAUACAGGAAGUCGGUAUUGCCUGUCUGUCACCCGGGUUUGUCACUCAAGAUCCUGUCAUGAAAGAGCAGUUGCAACGAAGCAUGUCCGUUCGGGAACAGCAGCGCAGCAUCAUCGAGUCCAGACUACAACAGCAAUCUGCCAAGGGCGAUGGGCCAAGCGACAAGGACAAGGAUUCAGCUUCUGGCUUUGCAGCCAAAACGCCCGGCAUGUCUCGCAGAGGCAAAGCCCCACCAGGCCUCUCGAUCGUGGCACCAUCUCACGAACAAUUCGCGAACGAGCGUGUCAUUCAAUCUGCACCAUUAGGACGUAGCUUCACUGGGCACCACAACUCGAUUCCUGUGUCACGCCAUGUCUCUAAUCACCAUCCCUCAUCACACUUGUCGAGCAGCUCCCAUAUCCACCAUGUGCCCGCCCACCAGACCAACAAUCGCCUACCGCCUAUUAGCGACGUGUUUGGGCACAGCGCCACUGCCCACCCCGACAAUGCACCCCCUGCCUUUAAGAGAGGCGCGCCGCUUGCCUCGCCGAGCCACCAGCCGAUGCAUCAGCAGGCACUAGGAUCAGGGCGACCAAGAGAGUAUAAAUCAGCCGAGGAAGCGCAGCAGGAACUUGCUGGUGGAAGAGCCGAGCUGCUUCCCAAGAUCAUCCACUACGGGGGCCACCAACCACCGACGCCCCCGUCCCCCGCGCCAGGAAGUCGACAAGUCGACAGUGUCCGGAACAGUACGAAACGUCGUACCCGAGCCGAGUAUGAAAAUGGCGGUAGCCCUCCCUUGGGUUACGGGCCAUCUGCGCCUCGUCGCGGGCCAUUCGGUGAAGGCAGAGAAAGCCCCGAGACGCAGCGCGCCAAGAAGGAUGAGUUUCUUCGUCUGUGCUCGAGGGCGUGGGACUUGUUUCAUUCAUGA